AUGGUCGAAGUCAAUCACCCGACCGAUGAUGGCCCGUGGCGGCAGCAAGCCCAAUAUUUCAGAACCCCACGGGCCGGUGAUGAGUUCACACCGGGAUCUGUGGCCUUUUCCCCCGGGUGGUUCGCGCAGGCGCACAAUGUAUUGUCUGUGCUUCUCCGCAAGGCAGACUCCGUGGGCCGAGAGUGGCUCGAGGCCAUGGUCGAGCCGCACAUCAUCAUCUCCGGCAUGCUCCACGUCAUGCACCCCCAAUUGUACUCGAGCGGGAUCGCAUCGCUGCAGGCUUUGCGAAGCGACCCGUCCCGAGCAGCCGUGGUGAACAUCUGGAGCAAUCCGUUCAAUGCGUUGUCGGUCAUGCUUAACAGGCGCAGCCGCUUACAUCAGGACAGGAUGUCGUCAAAAGAGUGGUACGACAUGUUGCUCUCCGUUGGCGGAGAUCCUCAGCUGGUUAUUCGAUUUCCCACCAUUCCCCUUGUCCUCCCAUACAAGACCGGUACAAUCGCGUCGUUCUCUGGUGCACGCCUACCGCAUGAGGUACCGGAGUCACAGGCCGAGCGGGUAUGUGUAGCAUACUACAUGCGACCAAAUAUUCACGCAUGGGCCCGUGUGGCCAUCGCUGGGUGGCGUUAUCUAUGGGAUUGA